GGCUGCCGGCAGCAUGUGUACGCGGUAAAAUUCGAAAAACUGCUAAAAUAAGAAUAGCACAGUUACGUACCUAUGUAUGUCUUUGAUUACUUGCAUUAUUUUUUGUGCUGCUUUGGUGCAUGCAAAAUUUUGUGCAAAGAACCCUCACACAUACAUAUGGCAUUUAUGUGCAUGCGAGUGGUGUAAAAAUUUUAGUGAUUACGGAAGGGGAAACGGAAAUAAUGAGGCAGCACGAGUUUAGUUUAAUUUUUGACAGUUAUUGAUGUAUCAUGAAGUAAAUAUAUAACAAAUUCGAACAAAUAACGGCGACUCUUUUCACUUAACACACAUAUGUAUGUAUUAAUGUAUGCAUGUGUAUGCGUAAAUACCAAUACUCGUGGGAGUACAUAACAGUUGCCGGGUCGGUUGCCAAAAGCAAUUUCCAUUGUGCCGUCAGUGGUUCUCGGUCUGCGCCUUCGGUCUGUGCCUUCUAAAUAACUGUGGCGCAUCGUGCGUGCUAUGUAUAAAACUGUAAAGUUCAAUAAAAUGCAUUCAUUGUAUAACAAGUAACACAAUUGAUUGAGCAAAGCGAAAUUACAAUAUAUAGAGAAGCUGAAGGAAAAUCGCUAAAAUUAGAGUAAGACUAAAUAAUUCUGCUACUGCAGAUUUGUGCUAUAAUACAAUUUGAAAUUGGCCGAACUACGGUUGCUACUCGCACAUAAUGUAUUAAGGGGAUACUAAGUUGCGCAUAUGUUGUUGUUCUGUGGUUUUCUUUUGUGGAAAAUUGUGUUAAAGUGUUUUACCCAGCCAAGGCCAUAGUGAUAUUUUGGGAGUCUGAAGUAAUUUUCGAUUUAUGCAAAUGCAAAAAAUUACCGCAAAUGGAAAUCUAAAAGCCGCUAUCAACACCAGUGUCAGCAUAAAAUAAGUCGAAUCAGUGAAUAUAAUUUGAAUAUAUUUUAUCUACAUACAAAUAAUGCGUAUGUAUGUAUGUAUGUAUAGAUAAAUGCAUAGUAGCAAUAUUGGCGUUCUUGUUAGACUCGGCCGCUCUUCUUUAAUGCUUCCACAUAUUUUAUAGCCGGUAGUGUCAGGUAAGAAAAGGUUGCUUGGUAAAGUAGGGUGUGGUGAGCUGAGGACAGCUGGCAGAACACGGCAUAUAAGAGUAACAAAACAAAAUCUUCACACACAUACAUACCUAUGUAUACAUCUGUUUAGUGUAGGGGCGCGACUGUGAAAGCGAAAGCCCAACGAAAAUCCAAAGAAUAAUAUGCUAGAGCUCGAAUUUAUGUAGAGUUCAAAGUGAGCAAAGUGUUGAUUGCAAAGAAAAUAAUAUUAGCGAAAAAUAAAAAAAGUGUUUACUCAUAAGUGAUUGCAAAUUAAUUGGAAAAGUGUUAGCCAUACAAAAACUUCAACUGCGUGUAAUUGAAUUAAUGUAAGAAGAAGCGGAGUAGUGAACGAGCUUGCCAACAACAGAAUUAAGUGCAGGAGGAGUGCGACAAAUUAGCGAAUAGAAGUAGCUUAAAUAAAAUAUAAAAUAGUGUAAAACAAAAUGCAGUCGGUUAAAACUAACGAUUUGCCGGAGAAUCCGCGUGAACGUGCCAAUGUGAUAUCUGCGCUUUGCUUUUGGUAUACGUUGCCAAUAUUUUUCAAAGGGCGUAAAAAAACCCUGGACACAAAAGAUUUAUACAAGGCGCUGACGGUGCACAAAUCAGAAACGCUAGGCAACGAUUUGAGCUCAUUAUGGGAAGAAGAAUUGAAGCGCAAGUCCACAUCCAAGAGCGGCCCUAGUCUGCUGAGAGUCACAACCCGUGUUUUCGGUUGUCGUUUUGCACUCUUAGGUCUCGUACUACUUGUACUGGAAUUGGGUUUAAGAGCAUUGCAGCCCUUAUUUCUGCUGGGACUGAUCGCCUACUACUCACAAGGUGGCGACAACAUUAACACCGCAUAUCUGUAUGCAGCAGGGGUCAUAUUCUGCAGUGCUGUAAAUGUGUUCAUAAUGCAUCCGUACAUGUUGGGCACCAUGCACACGGGCAUGAAGAUACGAGUGGCCAUGUGCAGUAUGAUUUAUCGGAAGGCGCUGCGUUUGAGUCGAACGGCCUUGGGCGAGACAACAGCCGGCCAGGUGGUGAAUUUGAUAUCGAACGAUGUGGGCCGCUUAGAUUUAGCAAUGAUAUUUGUGCAUUACCUUUGGAUAGGUCCACUGGAAACGAUCUUUAUCACUUAUUUGAUGUCUAUAGAGAUUGGUGUUGCGGCGUCUUUCGGUGUCGCCUUCAUGUUGCUGUUUAUUCCACUUCAAGGUUGGUUGGGCAAGAAGACGUCAGUGUUACGCUUGCGUACCGCUUUGCGCACAGAUGAGCGCGUCCGUAUGAUGAAUGAAAUUAUCUCGGGCAUACAGGUGAUCAAAAUGUACGCGUGGGAGAUACCAUUCGGCAAGAUGGUAGCCUAUGCACGCAAAAAGGAAAUCAACGCUAUACGAAAAGUGUCGUAUAUACGUGGCGUGCUGUUGUCGUUCAUCAUGUUUCUGACGCGCGUUUCCGUCUUUCUUAGUUUGGUCGGUUAUGUGUUGUUGCAAAAGGUGCUGACGCCGGAGAAGGCUUUCGUCAUCACGGCAUAUUAUAACAUUUUGCGUAGCACCAUGACGGUCUUCUUUCCACAAGGUAUUUCGCAAGUGGCCGAGGCUAUAGUAUCCAUUAAGCGUAUACAAAAGUUUAUGCUGUAUGAAGAGACUGACAUCGUCGACAAGUCCUCUGAUAAUCCCAACUAUCCUGGCAGUAAUCAAUCCACUGUGCUUAAGGACGAUGAAAAGGCGCUGAAUGGUAAUGAGAUUGAAAAGGCAUUUGCCUCCAAUGGACAUGCCACAUUGUCGGAGGCCGGUAUUAUAUUGAGCAACGUGAAGGCCAAAUGGGAUCGCAACGCGGCCGAAUAUACCUUGGACAAUGUGAAUUUGCGUGUGCAGCCAGGCACACUGGUUGCCAUCAUUGGACCGGUGGGUUCGGGCAAAUCGAGUGUAGUACAAAGCAUUCUCGGCGAAUUGCGCCCCGAGUCGGGCACCAUUGAAGUGAACGGCACUUUCUCCUAUGCCUCGCAAGAACCUUGGCUCUUCACCGGCACCGUACGUCAGAAUAUACUCUUCGGCCAACCGAUGAAUCGCCGUCGCUAUCAGCAAGUGGUGAAAAAGUGCGCGCUGGAACGUGACUUUGAACUACUGCCAUAUGGUGACAAGACUAUAGUGGGUGAGCGUGGCGCAUCGCUUUCUGGUGGUCAGAAGGCGCGUAUAAGUUUGGCGCGUGCUGUCUAUCGCCAGACCUCAAUAUACCUGCUUGACGAUCCAUUGAGUGCGGUGGACACGCAUGUGGGCCGCCACCUCUUCGAUCAGUGCAUGCGUGGUUUUCUCAGAGAUCAUAUCGUCGUGCUGGUCACACAUCAGCUACAAUUCCUGCAGCAGGCUGAUCAAAUUGUCAUCAUGGAUAGGGGGAGAGUGAGUGCGGUGGGCACAUAUGAUUAUUUGCGUGAGUCUGGUUUAGAUUUCGCAAAAAUGUUAGCGGACCCCGAGAAGGAGGAGGCGCUGGAGGAAAAAGCGCGCUCGCGCUCUAGCAGCAAAGUGUACAGCAAUCGUAGGAAUAGCGAGGCAUCUUUGAAUUCCGUAACAGACUCAUAUAUCGAAGAUACGCCCAUACAGCAGCAGGAAACGCAAGAGCAGGGUAAAAUCGGUUUGGACCUGUAUCAGAAAUAUUUUAAAGCCGGUGGUGGCUUUUUCACUUUCUUUAUUAUGCUAUUCUUCUGCGUAUUGGCGCAGGUACUAGCUUCGGGAGGCGAUUGGUUCUUAUCAUACUGGGUCGCCAAAAAGGGACGAAAUGAAGUGGAAAAUGUCAAUGCUACCAUCCCUUACGCUAGUUUCAAUGACACCACUACAUUACCACCGGCAGCAGCCGUCACGAAGGGAUCGACGUUUGCCACAAUGAUUCGCGAUGCUGGUUGGGACGUGGACGCCGACACUCUGGACAUUUAUAUUUUCACCGUUAUCACAAUAGCCACUAUCGUCAUUACGCUUGCGCGUAGUUUUCUCUUCUUCAACGUUGCUAUGAAGGCUUCCAUUAAUCUGCACAAUGCCAUGUUCCGUGGCAUAACGCGCGCUGCCAUGUACUUUUUCAACAUAAACCCUUCUGGGCGCAUAUUGAAUCGCUUCUCCAAAGAUAUGGGUCAAGUGGAUGAGAUACUGCCAUCGGUUAUGAUGGACGUCAUACAGAUAUUCCUUUCACUUUUCGGUAUCGUGAUUGUGAUUGGCAUAGUGAAUCCGCUCUUUCUUUUACCAACGGCCGUUUUGGCGGUACUAUUCUACUACUUGAGAUCGUUCUACUUGAAGACUUCGCGCGACGUCAAGCGGCUCGAGGCAAUAACUCGCUCGCCAAUCUACUCGCAUAUGGCUGCCUCGCUCGCCGGCUUGCCGACGAUACGCGCGUUUGGCGCCCAGCGCGUGCUCAUCUGGGAAUUUGAUAACUACCAGGACAUGCAUAGCUCCGCAUUUUAUUUAUUCAUUUCCACAUCACGCGCCUUCGGCUAUUGGCUGGAUUGCUGUUGCAUUGCCUACAUAGCCAUUAUAACCUUGAGUUUCUUCCUCUUCCCGCCGGAGAAUGGUGGCGAUGUCGGCUUGGCCAUUACACAGGCCAUGGGCAUGACGGGCAUGGUGCAGUGGGGUAUGCGUCAAUCAGCUGAGCUGGAGAAUACCAUGACGGCAGUAGAACGCAUAGUGGAAUACGAGGAUAUCGAACCGGAGGGCGAAUUGGAAUCGCCAGCUGAUAAGAAACCACCAAAAACAUGGCCGGAGGAGGGUAAAAUCGUUUUCGAUCAAUUGAGUUUACGCUACCUGCCUGAUCCCAAGGCCGAAUAUGUACUGAAAUCGCUGAACUUUGUGAUCAAACCCUGUGAAAAGGUUGGCAUUGUGGGACGCACUGGUGCCGGCAAGUCGUCACUGAUUAAUGCGCUCUUCAGGCUAUCCUUCAACGAUGGCUCGAUCAUUAUCGAUUCACGUGACACCAAAGACAUGGGCUUACAUGAUUUGCGCAGUAAAGUCUCAAUCAUACCACAAGAGCCGGUGCUCUUCUCGGGCACAAUGCGUUACAACUUGGAUCCAUUCGAUGAAUAUUCAGAUGCCAAAUUGUGGGAGGCGCUGCAAGAGGUUAAAUUGAAGCACGUCGUCGCCGAGCUGCCCAGUGGUCUGCAAAGUAAAAUCUCCGAGGGAGGCGCUAAUUUUAGUGUUGGUCAACGUCAAUUAGUGUGUUUGGCACGCGCCAUUUUGCGCGAAAACCGAAUUUUGGUGUUGGAUGAAGCGACAGCCAAUGUAGAUCCCCAAACGGAUGCACUCAUCCAAAUGACAAUAAGGAAUAAAUUCAAAAAUUGUACUGUACUCACAAUCGCACAUCGCCUGAAUACUGUUAUGGACUCCGAUAAGGUUUUGGUUAUGGAUGCUGGUCAAGUGGUCGAGUUCGGUUCGCCACAUGAGCUGUUAACGCAAAGUGAGGUGAAAAUCUUCCAUGGCAUGGUGCAACAGACGGGGAAAUCAACCGCGGAAAAUCUGACUAGAAUUGCCGAAAAAGCACACGAACAAAACUUAAGGCCAAAGAUGGAAUAACUGUUUUCUGUCGUAGGUCACAAAGAAAAAUUGAACAAAUUAAAGUUUGCCAAGAGAAAGCUCUUCUGCUCCACUCGCCCUGGGAAUUCGCCCUGCAUCAGGAAUUUUGCAUAAAGGAAUUUUUGCCACUUACCCACACAUAGAAUACUUAUAUAUGUAGAUAUGUAUGCAAUUGCAUACCAAUGAUCUUUGAUAAAACAGUGUAUUUUGCAGUAGCGCCUUGCUGCCUGAGAAGCGCUAAAUUGCCGGAUUUUAAGAAAAUAGUAAACAUAUUUUUUUCUAAUCCUUCAUUGUUUAAGUUUAAGUUUCCAUUUAAACAAAGUUUAAAGCUAAUAUUAAUACGCAUACUUACAUACACACACACACAUACAUUGUGCAUAAAUUACUCGUCAUAAAGCCCUUAAUAUUAUAUAUGUACAUAUAAGUCCUUAAGAGUGCGCAUACUACUAAUCACAAAUUCCUAAUUCCAUUUUUAUUUUGUUUUUUGCUUUAGUUUUUAAACACACAUUUUUUAUAGUUUUAAGUAAAUCAGUGUGUAAUUUUCAGCGUGUAACAGAUCUACUAAUAGUUGCACAAAUAUAUAUGUAAAUGUCUGUAUAGUAUAUAUUUUAUAAAAUGUAUUUUAUCUUUUUGUAUUCGUAUACCAAUACAAAUCAGCAUACUGCAAGAUGAAAAUUCUUAUGAUAAAUUAAACUAAAUAUUAAUAUUAUAUUUAAAGAAAGAGAAUGUGCCUUUACGCAAGCGGAAAAAGCAACUAAAUAUAAGAGAAAUGUACGGUCUUCGAUUCCAUUGAAAAUAAACGUCCAAAACUUGAAAUGGUCAAAUUA